AUGUCGAGUGUUGAUCCCGCAGAACAUCAAUGGAAUUGCUUGAACUGCAAGCGGCGCAAAGUACGAUGUGAUCGCCAUUAUCCAUGCGCCAAUUGUGUAAAGGGCUUGCGAGAAUGCGUCUUUCCUACGUCUGGUCGUGUCUUUCGACGCCCGGAGCCGCAACGUGAUCUAGCGCGACCCAAGGCCAAACAGGCCGAGUUGAUGGACCGGAUUCGGCGCUUGGAAAAGGUCGUGGUCAGUUUGAACACGGAGCUGGAGAGCCGACCGGCUCCUUCAAGUGAAGGCACACCGGCUCCAUCUUCCAGUCAGGGCAUGACAGGUGAUAGCGCUAAUUCAGAGGCGGACGGCUUUGCGGCUUCACCUUUGCAUCUGGAUAGCCGCCCUCGGGAUGACAGCAUUUCCAGUUUCAGUCCACCGAGCGGCUUAGGGCUCACGCCUCCGCAGAGCCAACAGCAGCAGGCCACGCCAUCCGAUGAGAAAGGCAGUAUUUAUGUCGGGGACCAUUUCUGGGCUGCUCUGCGCCGCGAGAUCAGAAUAAUCCGUGAGACGUUUGAUGAGCUCGCACCCGAAGACACGGACAAUGAUUCAACGUAUGAGUCAAAUCUCUUGCCUCCUGCCAAGAGCACCUUUGCAGUCAAUCCCUGUUUUGUCUUUGGCAAUAGCAAAGGCGAUGGCGCGGAGAGCAACAUGGAGAAUCUCGACAAACUGCGACCGCUUCCUGCAGAGAUGUUCUUCAUAUGGCAGACGUUCGUGGAUUUGGUGAGCCCAUUUGUUCACAUCUUGCACGUGCCGACAGUCGGAAAGGCCAUCCACGGGUGCAGAGGUCGCAUCGAUGCUCUAGACUCGUCGAUGCAGCCACUCAUGUUUGCCAUUUCAAUGGCAGCCGUCAAUUCUUUAACCGUAGAAGAGGUGAGAGAUGCAUUCAACCGCGACAAGGGCGACUUCCUGGCCCAGCUGCGUCUAGGAACAGAGAAGGCAUUGGGCCAAGCAGAUCUCUUGAACACCACUAGUCUCCCUGUUGUGCAGGCAUUCAUCCUCUACCUCUUCACCCUCCGCCGGUGUGAGUCGGCUCGGUACAUAUGGUGCCUGGUUGGCUUGCUAGUGCGCAUUGCUGUUUCAAUUGGACUACAUCGUGACGGCUCUCACUUUCCGAAUCUGUCUCCAUUCGAAGUCGAGAUCCGUAGACGUAUUUGGUGGCACAUCUGCUGUACUGAAGUUCGCCUUGGCGACGGACAAGUGCCCGAGAUGGGCAUUUCCGAGAGAAAUUUUGAUACCCUUGACCCUACCAACGUCGAUGAUGCAGACAUUGAACCAGGGAUGAAGAAUCCUCCGGUCCCUAGACAAGGCUUCACUGAUACCACUAUCACCCUGAUAGCUUGUGAGAAGUGGCGGCUUACUCGCACCAUGCAGUCAGUCACGUCAAAGCUGUCUUCUGGCCAGGGACAGGGUGAUUCAGAAGCAAACAUCCAGGAGAAGCUGGAAAAAUUGCAUAGUUUCAAGGAUAGGAUAUCAGCAGAGCGUUGGCAUUGGCAGCUGGAUCAGCCAAUUCAGCUCGCCCUGUCCAUGCUGUCCAAGGUGCACUGCAACAGUUGGGAACUUAUGAUCCUGCACCACAAGCGUCAAUCCUCAUUUCAGGAAGAUCGACCUGAUGAAAAAUCGUUCACCCUUGCCCUUGCCAUUAUCGAAGAUUUCUUUGAAUUUCAAACAAAUGAAGCCACGCAACGAUGGGCCUGGCUUGUGCAGGGCAACGUGUAUUGGCAGCCUCUAGCCAUUGUUCUGGCCCGCAUCUGCUCGUGCCCAUGGGACUCGACCUCAGAACAUGCUUGGAGCCUCGUGACACGCUCACUUGAAAUAGUCCCCGAUAUUGUGCACACCGACCCGCUCUGGCGAACCCUGCAGCAGCUUGUCACGAGAGCAAACAGACAUCGCAUGCAACAAUUAGAGAGCCAGACUCAAAGUCAUCAACAGUCAGUCGCAGAGCCUCAAAUGGAGCAGGAUAAGAUGCAGAUAGCUGAGUCGACCAGAAGCGCCUACGAGGAGCAGCAGGCUACUGUUGAGGAAUCAGCCAAUACCGCCGGUCCUUCUGUCGCUCUGUCACAGUUGGACGGGUUGUCUUUGCAAGGGCUACCAGCUACAUCUACAGAUGCAAUGGCACACAAAGGGCUGCCCGGUCAAGAUCUUCCAUUAUGGUUCUCCAAUGGUGACCUUGAUCAGAGUUAUGGUGAUGUAGGACAAAUGGACGUAGAUAAUUUUGUCCAGUCUAUGGACUGGGGGGAAUGGAGCGAGGCAUUUCCUAUUUAG